UUUGGCGAUCAAGCAGCGGAAGGGGAUGCGGCCACCGAAAGCCCGGGACACUGCGACUGACGACAUUAAAGCUCGGGCGGUGGACGAGAUGAUGGCCCGGAUCAAGAGCGGGGUGGUCCUGCGACCAGCCCGCAAGGGCCCAGGUGCGGUGUCCCAGGAUCGCUCCGCGGCCGCCAGCAAACGCCAGAGCGCCGUCAUGGAGCUGCAAGGCAUCCUGGGCACGAUGAAAAGGCCAAUGAGAAAGCCCAGUUGGCGUAGGCACAGCCAGCGGAACAAAGACAGCCAGCUGGAAUCCAUCCUGCAGAGACGGCGCCGGAUGGUGGACUCCUCCGCUCCCGGCCAGCCCUCGCCGCUGCGCCCUGAGCUCAGGAAAACGCCAGGGGUGGGGACGGCUCCCCGGGUCUCUCAGACCCUGCCCAGUGACAGUGACAUUUCCAAGGCUGCAUCCGGCCCGUGCUUGGAGGAGAACGCAGCUGCCGUCCAGUUAAGAGAGAGAGUGGCGCAACUUCAGAAAAGCCGGCGACUGGCUCUCCUGAACGCCGCAAGGGACAAGCCGGCAUAGAGAGGGACGACCUGAAAACCAGCCAUCCUGUUGCACCACCGUGAGCUUGCACAGCCCGCCUGGUCUAGCGCCCUGCGAGUGCUCCGUGCAUUACCUGCCCCACCUGUGUACCUUUCAGCCACGCAAGCACCCUGCUCAGCAUCGCAGCCUGAGGAUGCGGCUUUCUGAGCUGGCUGGAUAGCCCGAAGUGCAGCCAGACGAACACCCUGCUUGCUUGCGCAUCCCAGAGCGGUCCCCUUGUCUCCACGGAUCCGGGGAGGAGCAGUCAGGAAUCGUAGCGCUAACAAGCUUCAUCGGGUGCGCCGAGGGUGGAUUUGUACCUGGCCAGGGGGAUGGGUUUUGUUGACAUUGGUGUGCAAAACUCAUCCGUCCCUGGGGAUCAAAGCUCCUUGUCCCAUCAGCUGGCUCCUCUUUGUGCUGCUGGCUUGCCCAGAUUUGGGUCGCAAGGCUCGGACCGCAAGCGGUGUCCUCAUUUUCCAAGUUCACGCUAUAGAAUCCUAGAGCUGGCAGAGACCUCAGGAGUCAUCAAGUCCAGCCCCCUGCCCAAGGCAGGACCAA